CUAUCCGCGGGCCUUCGCAGCAGUCCCGCCCCGUACAACAUAUCUAAAUCCGACAGACUACCGCCCGCACAGUAAAUUCCAGUUGCCUUUGCAAGAAAUGUCGACCGCCAGCAAGAAAUCCGCCGCACCCAAGGCUAACAAGAAGCCUGCCCGCCCCGCUCCGACACAUCCGACCUGGCAUGAGAUGAUUGUGGAAUGCAUCACCGCCCAUCCGGAGGACGCUCGGUCCGGCGUUUCCCGCCCUCAGAUCAAGAAGUUCGUCGAAGACAAGUACAACCUCGAGAUCGGCAAUGCCCAGAAUACUCAGCUAUCAAAGGCCAUUGCGACUGGGGCUGACAAGGGCACUUUCGUGCUUCCCAAGGGUCCCUCCGGCCGAGUCAAACUCGCGCCUAAGACCAAGUCGACCGACGCUGCUAAAGAGAAUAAGCCCGUCGCGAAACCUAAGGCUGCCACCAAGCCCGCUGCCACGAAGACGGCGACGAAGCCCAAGACCGUCAAGAGGCCGGUGAUUGCUGCCAAGCCCAAGGCCACCAAGACCGCCAGCGGACGGACGAGCAAGAAGGCAGAGCCUCUUGCUGCUGCAACCAAACCUGUCAAGAAACCCGUUGCGAAGAAAUCCGCGACCACCGCCGCUGCAUCCAAGAAAGCGCCGGCCAAGAAGACUUUGGCGGGCAAGAAGCCAGCAGUAGAGAAGAAGACGAGCUCGGCUUCCAAGCGGGGGUCGGCGAAGAAGGCUGCGACGGGCACCACGUCGCAAACCAAAGCCAAGUCUGCGGCGAAGAAACCAGCGGCGAAGAAGGCGCCGGCGAAGGCCGCACCCGCUAAGAAACCCGCAGCGACCAAGAAGACGACCACUACGUCAAGUGGACGUAAAGUGACCAAGACUUCCAAAGCAUGAGCCGCCCCUCAUGCUUAUAGACCGCCUGUCUGUUAUGUCUCCUUGUCGCCUGUAUUUUCUUCUUGUGUACGCUUAUAUCGAUCGACCGCGCCCCUCCCUUCCGUUUACUUAUGACCGAUAUCUAUGCCUUGGGCCACGUUCCCCCCUUGUGUCCGUCGCCGUCGUUACGUUGUAGCAGGGUGGGACACCGCGGCCGGAUGGAUGGACUAGUCUGCUAGUAGUAGCGACCGCUCCUCCGACAUGAAUAUGUAGUAAUUUAUGGUAGACACGAACGCGCGGAACUCCCGGUGACGGACGACCCC